CCCGGCGCCCGCCGCCAUUGGAGUUAGAGGCUCCGGCUCCAUCCCUCGCUGCGGCCCGACGGCGGUGGGCAAGGCCCGGGCGGCUCGGCCCGGGGGUAUGUGAAGAGACGGGGCCGGCAGGGUGAAGCGAGACGCGGGACCGGUGCCGGUCUACUGUCCCCUGGGCUUCUUCCCCUGCCCCGAGGAGACGCCGAGCGGCGGCGCGCACGCCAGCGGCCCUUUUCCCUCCCCCUCGGCCCUGGCCCCUUCCCCUCCCCGGCCGCCGCCUGAGGGGAGAGGCGCCGCCGCCGCCCCUCCGCCAGGCCUCGGAGCUCCGCGCAGCGCCGAGCGGGCCCUGCCUUCUCCCCCCGGCGCUCUCUGCUGAACCACGGCGGCCCUGUACAUGAAUUAUGUCUGCCACAAGCGUUGACCCUCAGAGACCGAAAGGACAGGAUAAUAAAGUACAAAAUGGUUCAUUACACCAGAAGGAUACAGUUCACGACAACGAUUUUGAACCUUACCUUUCUGGGCAGUCAAAUCAGAACAGUAGCUAUCCAUCAAUGACUGAUCCCUAUCUGUCCAGUUAUUAUCCACCAUCUAUUGGGUUCCCCUAUUCUCUCAGUGAAGCACCAUGGUCUACAGGAGGAGAUCCUCCUAUCCCAUAUCUCACCACCUAUGGACAGCUCAGUAAUGGAGAUCAUCAUUUUAUGCACGAUGCUGUUUUUGGACAGCCUGGGGGCCUGGGAAAUAAUAUUUACCAGCACCGGUUUAACUUCUUCCCUGAAAAUCCUGCCUUCUCAGCCUGGGGAACGAGCGGAUCCCAAGGACAGCAGACUCAAAGUUCAGCCUAUGGGAGCAGUUACAGCUACCCACCUAGUUCACUGGGUGGUACCAUCGUGGAUGGACAAACAGGAUUUCAUAAUGAUACGUUAAAUAAAGCUCCUGGAAUGAACAGUAUUGAACAGGGAAUGGUUGGACUCAAGAUUGGUGGAGACGUUACAACUUCAGCGGUGAAAACAGUAGGGUCUGUUGUCAACAGUGCUGGGAUGACAGGUACCCUCUCUGGUAAUGGUGGAUCUAAUGUAAACUUGCCAGUAUCUAAACCAACCUCCUGGGCUGCUAUAGCUAGCAAGCCUGCGAAACCACAGCCUAAAAUGAAAUCAAAAACUGGACCUGUAAUCGGGGGAGCAUUGCCUCCUCCACCUAUAAAGCAUAAUAUGGACAUAGGGACUUGGGACAAUAAGGGUCCUGUGGCAAAAGUUCCUGCCCCCCAACAGAUACCUUCUCCUCAGUCUGUUCCACAGCCACAACAACAAAUCGUUCAGCCUGUUCCAACUCAGCCUCCUCCAUUGACUCAGCCUCAGUAUCAGACACCUCAGCAGGCACCCCAAAACCGCUGGGUAGCUCCUCGCAACAGGAAUGCAGCUUUUGGCCAAAGCGGAGGAACCGGGAAUGACAGCAGCUCAGCUGGCAGUACCCAGCCCAACCCUCUUCCAAGUGGCGAGUCCCAUCCUGUCCUUGAAAAACUGAAAGCUGCUCACAGCUAUAACCCUAAAGAUUUUGAAUGGAACCUUAAAAAUGGACGUGUGUUCAUAAUCAAGAGCUAUUCUGAGGAUGAUAUUCAUCGUUCCAUUAAGUAUUCUAUUUGGUGUAGUACAGAACACGGCAACAAGCGCCUGGACAGUGCUUUUCGGUCCAUGAAUAGCAAGGGUCCAGUCUACUUGCUGUUCAGUGUCAAUGGUAGUGGACACUUCUGUGGAGUAGCAGAGAUGAAAUCACCUGUGGACUAUGGCACCAGUGCAGGUGUCUGGUCUCAGGACAAGUGGAAGGGGAAAUUUGAUGUCAAGUGGAUCUUUGUGAAGGAUGUGCCCAACAACCAGCUCCGACACAUCAGGCUGGAGAACAAUGACAACAAACCCGUUACAAACUCCCGUGACACACAGGAGGUGCCCUUAGAAAAAGCAAAACAAGUGCUUAAAAUUAUUGCUACUUACAAGCACACGACCUCCAUCUUUGAUGACUUUUCUCAUUAUGAAAAGCGCCAGGAAGAGGAGGAGGUGGUGCGGAAGGAACGCCAGAAUCGAAACAAACAAUAAGAAUAAACAUACCCACUUUGAUAGAUGUACUAGAACUGAUAUUAAAUUCGACUCUGAGAAACAAAAUUGAAAGUCUACUGGUGCUGUAUGCUGGCAUCAGGACAGACUAAAGCUUUCAGCUCCAAUAUAUCUCUUCUCGUGCAGGGGAAAUUAAGUUGUGGCAUCUUUAAGUACAUUGUAGUUUACUUUUGCCCAAGUGAAUCUGCAUUAAUUUGUAUCUUCUUAUUUCCCCCC